UAAUUGUGGUGCACGCAUAUAGGGGGCACAAAAUUCAAAUUGUCAUUUCCAAACAUCUAACCUACGUUUUAAACGUAAAUAAGAAAAUUAAAUGUAGUGUAUUUAACAAAAAUGUUCAAAAAUACAUUUCAAAGUGGCUUUUUGUCAAUACUUUACAGUAUAGGAAGUAAACCGCUUCAAAUUUGGGACAAAAAAGUUAAAAAUGGCCAUAUUAAACGAAUUACCGACGAAGACAUUCAGUCCUUAGUGCUAGAAUUAGUGGGAUGUAAUGUUAGUACAACUUAUAUUACGUGCCCGGCUGAUCCCAAAAAGACUUUAAGCAUAAAAUUACCGUUUCUGGUAAUGAUUGUGAAAAAUUUAAAGAAAUAUUUUACAUUUGAAGUACAGAUUCUAGAUGACAAGAAUGUUAGAAGAAGAUUUAGAGCAAGCAAUUACCAAUCUACAACAAGAGUCAAACCAUUUAUCUGCACAAUGCCAAUGAGGUUAGAUGAAGGAUGGAACCAAAUUCAAUUCAAUGUUGCCGACUUCACCAGACGUGCCUAUGGAACUAAUUAUGUUGAAACACUAAGAGUGCAAGUGCAUGCAAAUUGUCGAAUACGCAGGGUUUACUUUUCAGAUAGAUUAUAUUCGGAAGAUGAAUUACCAGCAGAAUUCAAAUUAUUCCUUCCCAUACAAAAUAAGACAAAAACGCCUGUGACAACCAAUUAAAAAUUUAUGUGAUUUUACAAAAUUAUCAUCCAUGUUUUUUUAUUGUUUUCCUUUCAAUAUAUUGAUUGAUACCAAUGAACUUAUUGUGAUACUUCUUUUGUGGGAGUAAUUGUGUACAUGAAAAUGUAUGCUAGUAAUUUUUUGUACUGAAUUCCAUUGAAAUCUGUAAUUAUGUACAGCUAAUAACAGCUCUCUCUUAUUUCUAAGAUUUCAAGUUUAUGCACAAGUGUGAAAUAUUCUGCACUCUUUUAACUGAUCAUUUCUUUUGGGAAAAUAAAUGUUGAUCUGGCAUAUUUAUCUGCAUAGAUAAAUUUGAUAAAUAAAACUGAUUGAAGAAAUA